GGACAAGGAUGGAACUUUAUUAACAAACUGCUCAGAAAUACAGCUGAUUGAACCCCUUGCUCACUGACUAACCUGGAGCACUGUGUCAAGCAUGGAAAACUCUGAGGAACCCCUGACCUUGGAGGAUGUUGCUGUGAACUUCACCCUGGAAGAAUGGGGCUGUUUGGACCCUUCCCAAAAGAAGCUCUACAGAGAAGUGAUGCUAGAAACCUAUAGCAACCUGUCCUACAUAGAAGAUAAUGAAAAUAUUGAUGCGGACUUCAGCCAUCCCAGAAGAAAUAUGAGACCCGAAGUGUUAGAGAGACUGCAUGAGCAUAAACAACAUAUUCAAUGUGGAGAAUCCUUUCAUCAGACUUCAGAGAAUAUAGUAAACAAGGAAACUCUGCUUAGAAUAGCACCAUGGCAAAGCAAUAUAUGUAAUGCUUACGGGAAAACCUUCAAUGAUUGCAAGUCUCUUCUAAUCCAUGAAAGGAUACACAAUGUAGUGAAAUCUCAUCGAUGGAAACAAUGUGGAAAAGCCUGCACUGAAUCUGAUACCUUUCACAUUCAUGAAACAUCUCAAAUUAGUGAGAAACCCUAUGGAUGUAAACAAUUGGGGAAAGCCUACACUCAUUCCAGUAACCUUCAUAUUUAUGAGAAAACUCACACUGGAGUAAAACCCUAUGGAUGCAAGCAAUGUGGGAAAGUUUUUACACAAGCCAGUUCCCUUCAAAAGCAUGCAAGAACUCACACUGGAGAGAAACCCUAUGGAUGUAAGCAAUGUGGGAAAUUGUUUACUAAUGUGUAUUACCUUCGCUAUCAUGAAAGAACUCACACUGGGAUAAAACCCUUUGGAUGCAAGCAAUGUGGGAAAGCUUUUACUCAAGCCAGUUAUCUUCGAAUUCAUGAAAGAAUUCACACUGGAGAGAAACCCUACGGGUGUAAGAAAUGUGGGAAAGUUUUCACUCAAGCCAGUAACCUUCGAAAUCAUGAAAAAACUCACAGUGGAGAGAAAGCCUAUGCUUGUAAGCAGUGUGGGAAAGCCUUUAUUCAAGCCAGUAAUCUUCAGAGACAUAGUAGAACUCACACUGGAGAGAAACCCUAUGUAUGUAUGCAAUGUGGGAAAGCCUACCAUUAUUCCAGUAACCUUCGUAUUCAUGAAAAUAGUCAUACUCGUGAGAAAACCUACAAAUGUAAGAAAUGUGGAAAAAUCUUCACUCGAGCCAGUAACCUUGCUAUUCAUGAAAAAACUCACACUGGAGAGAAACCCUAUGGAUGUAAGCAAUGUGGGAAAGCCUGUAGUGAUUCCAGUAAACUUCGUAUUCAUGAAAGAACUCACACUGGAGAGAAACCCUAUGGAUGCAGGCAGUGUGGGAAAGCAUUUAAUCAAGAGAGUCACCUCCACAGACAUACUAGAACUCACAGUGGAGAGAAACCAUAUGGAUGUAAGCAGUGUGGGAAAGCCUACACUGAUUCCAGUAACCUUCGCAUUCAUGAAAGAACUCACACUGGAGAGAAACCCUAUGGAUGUAAGCAGUGUGGGAAAACAUUUAAUCGAGGGAGUUACCUUCAGAGACAUAGUAGAACUCACACUGGAGAGAAACCCUAUGGAUGUAAGCAAUGUGGGAAAGCCUACACUGAUUUCAGUUACCUUCGUGUUCAUGAAAGAAUUCACACUGGAGAGAAACCAUAUGGAUGUCAGCAAUGUGGGAAAGUUUUCAUUGGAGCCAGUUACCUUCGAAUUCAUGAAAGAAUUCACAGUGGAGAGAAACCCUAUGGAUGUAAGGAAUGUGGGAAAGCCUUCAAUCAACGUACUCACCUACACGUGCAUAGAAGAACUCACACAGAAGUGAAAACUUACAGGCGUAUGCCAUGAAAGAAAGCACUGACUCAUUCCAGUCACCUUUGAAGACCUGAAAGGACUCACAGUGAAGACAAGCAUUUUAGUUGUAACCAAUGGGGGGAAAGUGUUCACAUGCUCCACUACCCUUAAAAGACAUAAAGGUACUUAGACUAGAGAGACAAGCUAUGGAAAUGAGCAAUUUACAGUGACAUUAAAACAACGUGAACUCACUCUGCAGAGAAACUAUGAAUGUAAGGAAUUAGAGACAACCUACACUCUAUCCAAUAUCCUUCAUACUCAUCAAAGAAUGCAAACAGGACAAACCCAGUGGACAUAAGCAGUGUGGAAAGCCUUCCUUAGUUCGAGUACUGUUCAUGCACCUGAAAGAACUCAUGGUGUAAAUAAACACUAGUGUCAUACCAAAUAUGAUAAAACAUUCACAAAUCCAUGUCUUGAAAAUCAUGAAUGAACUCAGAAACACUAUCAAUGUAAGUAAUGGAAGAAUGCUUUCACCUUUUCCAGUAAUCUUCUUUGCUAUGACACAAUUCACAUUGUAACUCACUGCUAUACAUGUGUGUAAUAUGGCUAAGACUUCACACAUUCCAUUGCUCCUCCAAAACAUACAACAUUAAUAAUGGAGAAUAACUGGAUUAGGAAUGCAAUGUGGAGAGUCUUCACUCAUUACCAUGACCUCAAACAUGAAAAUCUGCACCCUGGAGAGAAAAUCUGUAGGUGUAAUCAUAAUGAACCUGUCUGUAUUCAUUGUAUUCACCAUCAAAAAGGUGAAGCAACAUAUAUGGGAAUAUAUUCUGUCAUUCCCAUUACCAAAAAAUACAUGUAAGAUAUCACAGGGGAGUGAAACUCUAUGUAUUGAAGUAAUGAAGGAAAGCCUUCACCUAUCCUGCUUCCUUUUAGCAAUAUAAGGACUCCAUUCUCGCACUCACGACACUGCCAGUUUAUGUAACUUUUGUUAGUAACAGCAUGCCUUAUGAAUUCUUAGAGAUCUGUGGAAUAAGUAUGUCUACAAUUUUUCUCUAGAAGUCUUUAUGCUUCUUAUUCUGGUGCCAGCCAAUAAAGACAGCCACAUGGAAUCCUGCAUUAAUAGACUUGCUUAAGUGCUGGAAGGAGUGGCUUAAGAAUUUGUUUUAUGUUGGACUGGAGUUCGGAUCAGCACCACAUCCUUGCUGCCCAGGUUUUCUAAAAAUUAAGCCACAUUGCCAGCUCUCUUUGUAUCUUUUUGAUUGUGACUUUCAACAUGCUUUACAUUUUAUAGUGAGACAGGUACUUAUUUAACUGGAUAGGUAUAAUAGGUGACUAUCAAAUUAUGGUGUUCCAACUUCUAUUUUCCAAAUGCUGGGAUGAAAAACAUGUGAAAUGAUACAUGUGAAUGUGUUUAGAUUUUAUCUACCUUCUUUCCCAUUGCAAUUUGCAUAUUGUUCAAGAUAUAGACAAGGGUAGAAAGCAUGUUUUCUAGUAGAAUCAGGAUUUAUCCUUGUCUCAUAUUUUAAAGUGUUUAUUGAUUUGGCCACCAUUUAUGAUGCCUGUUCUGUCAAGAAUCAGUUUUCUCUUUACAUUGAAAUCUAGUGAGGGCUCAUUUGAUUUCCACUGAGAUCUAUUUGUAAAUCUCUUUAUUAUAAUAUAGCACAUGUAA